ACCACAUCUUCCAUCUCGUUGUGACGUUUGAAUAUAAUUUUGUGUUUCAAAAAUUGUUAUUUUCUAUAAACUACUUUCACGAACUAAAGGUUAAUUAGUGUUUUAAAAUUUGCUCGAGUCCGGAUAGCGAAAAAUACCAUGGAGUCUCCACGUAAAUUCAACGAUUGUUACUUUUAUUACUAUUCCACAUGUACAAAGGGAGAUAAUUGUGUGUUUCGCCAUGAGCCGUCAGCCUUAGGCUGUGAAACAAUGUGCACAGCCUGGCAACAGGGGAAAUGUACUGAUAAACGCUGUAAACUACGUCACAUGGAGCUUAGGAAAAAUCGUAAACAAAUUCCAUGCUACUGGGAGAACCAACCUGGUGGCUGCCGCAAGAUUCACUGCCCAUUCAUGCAUAAGAACCCCGAGGCACGUACUGAUGGAAUUGCUCCAAGUCAGCCUGCCCCACCUGUUCAUGCUUGCCUAAACGAGAGUGUGGUGGAGCAGCCACCGAUGGGAGCCAUCCCGCCCCCUGCUGUGCCCGCCCCGGUGCCGCUUCUGUGGCAGCAACAAAGACAAGUGGUGCUGGAUAGCACGUUGCUGGGUGUGCCGCGUCACGACGCUGGCGCUCCGUUCGCGCCGCUGCCCGUGGACCCCCUCGUCGUCAACUUCGACGAAGAGUCCGAUAAUGAAAGCGUUCCCUCGUCCACACCCACUAAGAACAUGUCCGACGACGCGCAGAAUAUCGCCCGUUCAAAGUCUCAGGAGCUUCAGCUUCUGGAGAAAAUACAAGCGGAAGCCGCCGCGUUUUACAGCUACGACCCCCUGCCGCCCGUCGAUGCUCCUAAAGAGCGCAAGAUCGUCAGGACGAACCUCUCGUCCAAGUACGACAAGAUAUCGCUGGACGAGAUCUCAGGUAAGACCCCGAACCUCGAACGGAGGGGCUCGUUAGACUUCAAGGUUUUAUCGUUGGAUGAAAUAAGAGCUAAGAAAAAAGAGACGGCAGUCCACGCCGCACCCAUAACAUUAAACUUGACCAGAAAAAGGAAGCUGUCAACCCACGAGGCCCUCACGACAUCCGGUAAUAAAAUUAUUAAAGUGGUUCGUAGUAAUUCCAUCGUUUAUAAGAAAAUGGAACAGAACGCGUCUCCUUUGCCGGUACAAGCCAAAGUUGAUAAUAAACAAGUGACGGCUUUGAAUCCUAGGAAACGGACAUUGUCGGAGCAGACUGCCGAUGUCUACGAAUCUAUAGACGAUGAACUGAUCGACAAUUGUUACGAGUUUAAAAGAGUUAAAAUCACCGAGAGCACCGCCAAACCUAGGCUCAUACGAAACAGGCUGUGCAGUAGCGGCCAAAACAAGGAUGUUUCUAAAGACGAAGCGGAUAUCAGCGCAGACAUUUCCGAUCACGAAGUGGAAAUUGUCGAUUUGGUUGUAGAAAAACAUAUUGAUCUAUCUUCUGAUACGGAGGUUAUAGAUGUAGAUUCGACUAAAAUGGGCGAUCCUAUAGACAUUGUCGAUCUGAGCGAGGAUCAAGAAGAAACGGGAUCGUCUAUAGAGCUAGAUAAAAAUGUACCGGACGUAGUGGCCAGUUGUCAUAAGAACAACAAAACAGAAAAAUCGGAGGAAGACAUUAUUAAUGAAAUAGACGCACUAGUCAACGAUGACGGACUGAAAGAUUUUAAUAAUUAUAGACUUGAAUCGACACUAUGAAUUAAUAUAAUUUGACGUGACUAUAAAUAGUUUGGUCAACUGUGUAUAUUGAAUAGAACACUCGAAAAGUGUUAUAGAACUCACAUCGACUGGUAAGAUGAUAGUACAAAUGAUAUUUUGAAAAUUAAAAUGAAAGAUUUCUAUGUGCUCUUUAUUAUAAUAAAGUUUUUAUAGAAUACUCGAAUUAAAAUAGCAAUAAUUGAAAAAACGUAGAAAAAUAUUUUAGUACGUAAACAUUUUGAGAGCAAUAUCUUUUGUAUAGUCAUUAUAAUAGUAGCUGUAAGGAACAUAUGGUGAGUUAAUUGGAAAUAUUUGCUCAGUGAUGGACCAUUUGAUCUAAAGUAAGUUAGAUCGCGUGUUUAAAUAUUUUGGAAUAUUACUUAAUAUUAAUAUCUGGCUAUGGUAUUAAGUUACCGAAAUUUGAUUUUAAAUUGUGGCUGUCACGCAGAUUUAUUUGUGUAUAACUUAAUAUAACCAUAGAAUGAUGUCAGGGAAAUGGAUAUAGAAAUGGAUGGAUUGCGUGAAAGCCGAUAUGUGAAAGAGGGGAGUGAGCGAAGAAAUGGUAUAUGAUAGAGGAGUAUGGAAGGAGAAAACAUGUUGCGCCGACCCCAGGUGACUGGGAGAAUGGCAGGAUAAUGAUGAAUGAUGUCAGGGAUUCCCCGGAGAAUCGAUAACAACGUUCUCUGCGUUUAUACUGGCCCACCAGCUUUUACUGGUGGUGGGGUUUUUUAAACGCUUACGGAUAGAUACCGCUAUCCUGCGCCGAAGUAGUGUGGCUUGAUUGGUGGAAAAGCCGUCAUACAAUGCAAUGAAUAAUGUUACCUCAUAUCUCUAGAUGGAUGACGACAAUUACAUUGUGCUCCUUAUAAUGGGUAGCUUCAUACCAUAAUGACCGAGUUUUUUCAGCUAAUUCCAGAUAAAAAAAACUGCGUACAUGCUGAUUGCGGUGGUUAAAUUAGCAAUCAUAUUAUCAUAAUAAUUGUUUGCUUGAUCGUUCAUGAUCUUUUCGCACCUUUAGAAUUAUAGAGACCCAACCCAA